UUCCCCCAGAUUGCUUUGACAAGGCUGGAGCUGGCAGGAUCCCUGACAUUAGUGUCGUUUUCAGGCUACCUGCUGUUUCGAGCCAUGGCCACACAGCUGGUUGUAGCUCUGCUGGCUCUCACCUCCCUGGGUGCUGCAUCUGAACUGGACUGUAAAGAGCUGGUAAAACCUCUGGUACUGGACAGCCACAGCCCUAUCUAUGGAAAGUGGGUGCUUAAUGUGGGCUCAUGGGACCAACCUGACCUGAAAAAAGACCUGGCGACGGUCAACAGCUCCUGGGUGGAACUGUCAUCUUCAUCAGACAGCGGAGUCAUGACCAUCUACUGGGCUGACCGUCUAAAUGAUGAUAAAUGCCUCCAGGGUAUAGCCAAUGCCACUAUCUCAGGAAUGACUACUCACACCACAUUUAUUAUCAACGGUCAUACUUCAUAUCAUGAUGGGAAAUACUAUGAGACAUGUGCUGACUGCCUCCUGUCUGAAGACACCACUCUGCUCCCUGAUGGACAGUCAAAGGGAAGAUACAUUUUCCUGUUCACUCGGACUGGAAAACUGGAUCCAGCUGAAUUAGAGACCUUUAAGAAGCAGGCAGAGUGUCUUAAAUUCCUCCCGGAGUACCAUUUUGGAGGCACAGAUCUGUGUCCAGACGACAGGGAAGCCAAUACUACGACAACUCCAGCAAGCACCAAGGAGACUGCUACGCCGUCAUCAAAGUGAAACAACCUGAAGAGCCACUAAAUACCCAAACGAAUCCAGAUUAACAUGUGAAAAUAACAGAAAUGUGACAUAUAUGUAGCAAUUGAAAUAACUUCACUUGUCAAAUACUGCAUGAAGUUCCAGGUCUGCUUAUAUUAUGUCAUGUUAGAUCUUAUUCCUUGCUUAACUCUUAGAAAAUCAUAGUUUAAAAUGAGGAAUCUGCUCAUUUAUUUUGGUAUAGUAAGAGAGAUACUAAAAGCUUCUGGUUAAUCCGUGUAUAUACUGAAUAUAUAAGUGUUUUAGGUGGAUGUGUGCAGUAAAUAAAGCAGUCUCCCUCUGUA